AUGGAAAACGCAGAUAUCGACACCAUGCGGAAAGUGGCAGUGACCAUUUGGUCUAUCUGGUGCGCAAGAAACGAUCUGUGUCACCUUGGUUCUGGUCUACGAUGCUUCAUUGAUGCAACCUUGUUUGAAGUGCAAGGUUUGGCUGGCUAUGGUGCUAUUGUUCAGAAUAGCGCAAAUCAAUAUGUAGGGGUCCGUGCGGGUACGAGAAUUUGCUGCAUGAAUCCCUACUUGGCUGAGCUUUGGGCAAUCAAAGAGGCACUAUCAUUGGUUAAAGGCCAAGGCUGGGGUUCGGUUACAAUUUUUUCAGAUUGCAUGAAUGCGUGUAAUAGCCUAAAUAGCCAUAUCGAUGACCGCUCCUAUGCUGGUGUAAUCACAAAGGAAUGCAAGGUGAUCAUGGCUUCGCUCAAUCAUGUGUCCGUAAAAUUUGUAGCUAGGAUUAGGAAUACUCAGGCCCAUGAGUUGGCCAAAUCCACGUUUUUGUAUAGAGACUCUAGGUAUUGGCUCUUUGAGCCACCAACUUGUACCUUUGAGUUCCCUAUUAGGUAA